AUGGCUGCAAGGAAGACUGUAAAAACGUCGGGUCGACAUUCAAGUGAAGAGUCUGCUUCAUUUGACAACUCAUCUUCGGAAGACAGCGACUACGUAGAAGAAGAUGUCGGUGAUUCUGCUUCAUUUGACAGCUCGUCAUCGGAAGACAGCGGCUACAGUAAAGAACAUGUUGGUGAGGUCAAGAAGAAUGAUCGCGUAUAUCACGUUGGCCCUCGUGGAGGCAAGUACUAUAUUAAUGCGACUGGCAAGAAAGUGUACGCUAAAGCAGCCUAA